AUGAGUUCGCUCAACAGGUCCAUCUAUACCGAGCGUUUAAUGCGUGUUGCUCCGCAAAUACGCACGGCCGGCAUCUCUGGAGAUUAUAGCGAGCCGACCGUCGGCGAACUGUGUGCGAGCUACAACUUUCUGGGCAGCGUGACCCCAGAUAAGAUUCACAUGUUUCAUCACCGUGGCGGCGAUGUAGGGACGGCGCAUCGCCACUGGGGGCUGGCGCGGGACCCCGCCGCAGACGCCGACACGCGGUAUGGCCUAAAAACCAAAGGCGACGGCGACAUCGAUCCCUGCCUACGGCCGGAUCUCCACGCCAGCCGGGGGAGCGCCCUCCUGAGCGCGUCGGGCGACCGCCGCCGGGAGCGGCACCCCCUCGGCCGCACGCCCGCCCCGUCCUACGACAUCCCCGAGCCCCCUGCCGGUUUCGGCGUGUCCACCCUCAAAGACGGCUCCGUCAGUGCCCUGAUGAAUGGCUGGCGUAACGUCGACAUCCGGCACGCGCCGGGGGCCUCCAUGAACCGGGGCUACAACUGGGAGGCGGCCGGAAUUGACACGCGGCAGCACCGCUUUGGACGAGCCACCCCGCAUGGGGAGGACAGCACGGCCGCCGGGAUGCGGACGUUGGCGGGCCGUCCCGGGCUCACCCUUGUCCCAAAGGUCGUCAAGGAGUUCCACCUUACCAAGGAUGCCGUGUUGGGCCAAAGCCGGCGCUACGGCUUUACCGACCCCGCCGCACCGAAAGGUGAGGAGACCCAACGACGUGUCACAGCCGGUGCUGCAGUACAACGCGGACGGGCCGCGAAUGGCUUUCAGGUGGAGCAGCCCACCGUGAAGGAGCUGCUCUCCUCAUGGGCGGUCCACCAAGGGGGAGGAGGAGGGGGGGGGGGCCGCUGGUUCAGAAGGGGGUGGCUCAGCCCACGCCUCCGAGCUCGGCGACUCCGCCAGGGGGCUGGGGAAGUCUCCUACCGAGGCGAUGGUCUCCCAGCCACGGCAAAAGCUCGGCGACGAGGCCACCGCGGCUCAGCUUCUGUACCCUUCCCACUAUGUGACCCUGGGUGUGGACUCGGUGAACUUCGCGGGCGGUCGGGCGCUGGACGAUAUCCGGGAUCUGUGUCACAAAUGCAAUUUCGGCUUGACCGAAGCCCAGAUCCAGCAGGUGUUCUCAGCUAUCGCGGUUGA